AAAUUGCCUUGUUCUUGCUUGUUCUUGAUUGUCCCACUCCCAGAACAUGGCUGCAACGCAAGCCUUAUUCUGUGAAAUGAUGUGAAAUUUCUGUGAAAUCAUUUCUGUGAAAUGAUGUGAAGCCAAGUGAAGUCGUGAAAUGCUCUCGAAAAGUGUAAGUGCGAAUCGCGGCGCGGACUCUGGUGAGCCCCAGGAUGCCGCCAAGUCCGAGGGCCACGACGCCCCCGGCCCUGGCCAUCCCUUCGCACCCAACCGCGAUUACGAAUAUGCGACCAACAAGCCCAACGAGUUCCCCUCGAAACAACACGCCGAUUACCCCGGCAAACCCGACUACGGCGGCAACAAACAGUUGCCCAACGAGGCCGAGCGAGGAAUUCAUCAUCAAAGCGAGAUGGAAGAACACUACGUUUCCAAGAUAGGAAACAUAGGCGCCGGCCCCGGAGCUUUCCCUGGACAACCUAGGACAACUCUUCCCUUCCCAGGACAAGCCACGGGCCCAACUCCUACGCUAAAUCAGCUGCUCCAAGCCUCCAGUCCUAUGCAUCGGUUCUCCAAUUAUUCCGGAAUUGGUCCCGAGUCCUACCAGCAGCCUUGGCCCAUGCAGCGACCCCCAGUUGUUCCUCCUGUCUAUCCACAACCUGGACAACGACCUCCACAAACGGGUUCGCCCCGAUUGCAUCCUGGACCUGGAGGUCCAAGUUCACCAACACCCAUGCCAUAUCAACCAUAUACACAGCGUUACUCUUCUCCAGCAAGACCUCACUCGCCCUAUGGUCAUCAUCAGAUGAAUUCCUACGCCACACAAGGUGGACACCCUUCAAGUAUAUAUUCGGAUCAACGAGGUUGGAAUCAAGGUGGACCACCAAAUCCUCCUCCUCCACCGACAAAUCAAACCAGCCCCUCUAGCCAGUCUCCACAACGUGCUCUUUCUCAAUCUCCAGCACCACCUCCUUCUGCCUCGCCGCAACCACAGCCGACCGGCCAACCGCAGAAUUUUCAUAGCAUGCAGCAACGAUCAACAACUCCAAAUACUCAAGGAAUUGAUUCAGGGGAAUUAUCUGGCCAAAAUAGUAACGAUAGUUCGAAUGGACCUGCUGGUCCAGGAACUCCAAACUCUCAGGGGAUGAGGCCUACCCCUUCGCCUACAGGGUCCACAGGUUCUCGCUCGAUGUCCCCUGCUGUUGGUCAGCAAAACGUUCAGAUGCCGCCACGGCCGUCAAGCAGUCAGUCAGAUGGAAGUGGACCAGCACGAAUGAGUCACUCCCCAAUGGCUACUCAAGGAGGAUAUCAACAACCCUUGGGUCCCUCACCGCACAUGCACAGUUACAAAAUGAAUAGUAGCGGCCCCGGUGUGGUUCAGCCAGGACCCGGACCAACCGGGCUUGGUGGUAUUAGCCCAAUGGGCAGUGGAAUGGGAUACGCAGCGGGUGGAGCUGCUGCGAAUCAACCUGGUGGUUAUCCUGGUCAGGGUGCUUAUCCGCCUCCUCGGCCACACAUGCAGUUUCCACAGGGUUACCCGCCACCUACAAACUCGCAACCGCCGCCGAACAAUCAAUACCAACCUGCUAGAUCCAACAACAUGGUGCAAUACCCCCCUUAUACGCAUAAAAUGGGCUUCAAUAGUGUAUCGCCCGGUAUGCCCCCGAGUCCCGGACCGCCUCAAGGCUACGGUGCAAGUGGACCUGGAAGCAUGGUGCCACCAGGUGCUCCAGGAAUCGGCGGCAUAGGCAAUAUGGGCCCACCGACAAGUUCUAUGGGACCACCGCCACCUUCUCCUAAUCACGUAAGCAGCAAUCAGCCACCGCCAAAUGCAGCAGUGCCGCAUCCACAUCCCCCUGCAGCCACGCCUCCGCUUAAUCAUGAGGGAAGUCCCAUGCCGCCGCCGAGUACUACUCCGAAUUCGCAUCCCACACCCGCACCCACCAGCCAUAGUUCUGCCGAUCUCACUACGGACACGUCGAAUGACAGUGGGAUUACCACCACUGCCUCAGGUACUACAUCUAUUAAUGUUACAUCAACUUCAAGCGGAACUGUAACAUCUGUGAUAACGACAGGUCCCGAUGGGACUUCCCUGGACGAAGGUUCCCAACAAUCCACGUUAUCGAAUGCAUCGGCUGCAUCUGGAGAAGACCCAGCUUUUACACCAAAGGUCAAAAGAGAGAUGCUGGGAGGAUAUCACAGUCAUCCCACCACGCCGCAAAACACAGUUCCAUCUCCUGGUGCCGCAAGCAUCAAUUCUAUCCAUGAAGAAUAUCCGGACAUGAACAGUCCAGGCUGGCCGCGCACACCUGCAAGUCCUGUAUUUAACAGUCAUGUGCCUCAAGACCCUUACAGAUCUAAGAAACCUGAUAGUUUAGCAAAAUUGUACGAAAUGGACGACUCGAUAGAGCGAAGAACAUGGUUGGAUAAGCUGGUUACUUUCAUGGAAGAGAAGAGAUCGCCGAUCACUAGCUGUCCGACCAUCUCCAAGAACCCCCUCGAUUUGUUUCGUUUAUAUCUCUACGUGAAGGAGAGGGGGGGCUUCAUGGAGGUAUGCAAGGUAACAAAGAACAAAACUUGGAAGGACAUUGCCGGGCUUCUUGGGAUUGGAGCGAGCAGCAGUGCUGCUUAUACAUUGCGAAAACAUUACACGAAGCAUUUGCUCCCCUUUGAAUGCCACUUUGAUCGAGGAGGCGUUGACCCCCAGCCAAUAAUAAAUCAGGUGGAGGCUGGUUCCAAGAAAAAAGGAUCCAAAGGUACAGCUUCCGUACCUUCUCCAGGAUCGUCCAAUUCCCAGGACUCGUUUCCGGCUGCUGGCUCGAGUAGUGCGUCAAUGGAUGGUUAUGGGAGUUACCAGGGCAGCUACGCGAGUGGCGCACCAGGAGGACCUGGUGGCGAGUACAAUACUCCGCCACCGCCGAGACCUCCUAGCCAAAGCAGCGCGCCUUCGCCUCAUCAAGGGAUGCAACAGAGUAACUACCAAAAUGCUGGUUCCUUCCAAAAUUAUCCCCAGGAUCAGUACAUUAGACCACCACAGGGUAGCGGAAUGUCGCAACAGGGCGAGUUCAAUCAACCGUACUCUCCUCGUUCGCAUUACCCGCCUUAUGUACCGGACUCUGAAAGAAUAAGGUUUCUUUCGCACAGGGGAUACUCCGGAGGUAACAUGCCGCCAAACAGUGCCGGGAGCCAGGACAUGUACAAUAGGUAUGCCGGAAAUCAACAGCCGGCUAGUUAUUCAACGGGAACCCCGCCUGGUGCACGUAAUAGCAAUUAUCCCUCGGCGCCGCAGGGUCAUCCGCCAAAUGCACAACAACAGCCACCCUCUUGUCAGCCGUCUUCUCCGGCGCAGUCACCCGCCUCUUCGACCUACUCCUGUCCCCAAGAUUAUUAUAGGCAAGAACAGGCCGGAUACGGAGCGCCAGGUGGAAGCCAAAUUUAUCCCUCGGGAACCGCAGCUAACAAAAAUAUGCCGCCGCCUCCACCAGGUCCUCAGCAACCUAGACGACAUCCAGACUUUGCCAAAGACCAGCAGUAUGCUCAGUAUAAUCAGCAACGGCCAACCUAUCCUGGAUGGCCAGGUACGACGAAUCAGUAUAACAGUGGCAGCCCAGGUGCUAGAGUUCAGUAUCCUAGUCAACCACCUCAGCCGCCGUCGCAACAACCGCAGCCACCGCCUCCACCACAACCUCAGGUUGCCUCUGGCGCGGCUCCUCCUGCCGGAGUUCAAGGGAUCUCUAGCAAUCAGCAGUGGGGCAGUCAACAACCGGCUAGGCCCUCUUCCCAACCUAGUAUCCCCAUCUCUCAUCCGCCAACACUUUGGGAACGUCACUAUUCAAAUCAACCGUCGACUUUAUAUCCACCUCCCGGCUCUCAUCAGUCUUUGAAUUUGCAGAGUCAGCUUGGCAUGAAUCCCAUGCUCAACCAACAACCUGCACCGAAAAGAGAAAUGACAUUCCCUGCUGACAGCGUCGAAGCAGUCACACCAUUAUUGUACAAACGACGAAAGUUAACGCGCGCAGAUGUAGCGCCGGUGGAAGCCUGGCGGAUCAUGAUGGCGUUACGUUCGGGUCUCCUUGCUGAAAGCUGUUGGGCCUUGGAUGUUUUAAACAUUCUUUUAUUUGACGACUCUUCCGUGAGCUACUUUGGACUGACACAUCUGCCGGGAAUGCUAGACGUUUUAUUAGAGCACUUUUCGCGCUCGCUCUCCGACAUGUUUGAGUCUUCGACAGCGGAAGAGGAGCGAUAUUGUGGUCAAGGAACGGACGGGCCUGAAGUGGAUCUCGGAGCGGUAAUACGGCCCAUAGAUCCCGAGGAUCGUACCAAGUUACUGUCCUGCUCAAACUACACUUUCCUCUCAAGACGCGGGCGUCCCGUGAAAAUGGUUCCCAGAGACGACGACAUCUUCGUAUUGGACAGUCGAAGGCCUUGGGACCAUUUGGAUUGUGAGGCGGACACGGAACCUUGGCAAGUAGACAGUAACACCACCAAGUACAUAGUGACCUGUUUUCAAUCUGAAACUGGUACUGUGCCCUUUGCGCGUCAUCUGAGGGACGAGAAACCUCCCCUUCUACAGAAGGAGGUAGAAAGUGUCGACUCGAAAGACGAGAUUAAAAUCUCCCCCGAGUCCCUUCCCGAAAAUUCCGACUCUGUCAGGAAACCUGACGAAGUCUGCGGCGACAGCAACAAGCCCAAGGACACGAGCGAGCGCAAACAAGAGAAGAAGAAGAAGACCAAGUCCAUCAGUGACGUUCUCUCCAGGAUCAAGAAAGAGCCCGUCGAGAUGAAUGACCUGACGCGGGAGCUCUUCGAGAAAAAGAACGACAGUUCGAGGAAAGAGUGCGAGGUGGACUCGAAAGCGAACAACAACGUGGGCGAGCACUUUGCCGACCUGCCCAAAGAUGACGAGGAAUCCCUGCCGAAUCAGAACGGCCUGAGCGAUUCGACGAGCACUCUCGACUCGGAAAAGAGGGAGGUAAAGGUGGAGCCGGAGGACGAGGCAUCUUCGAGUGAGGACAGAGAGGGACCAAGAUUGCAGAUCAAAGAUCCAGCCGGGACUCUCAAGAGGAGACGAAUGAGCGACUACGAGGACGAGAGCUACUCGAGGGAUGAGGCCAGUCUCUACCUUGUCACCGAGACCCAGAACAGCCUCGCGCAACGGUGUGUCUGUCUCUCCACAAUUCUCAGGAACUUAACCUUCAUCCCCGGCAACGAGAGCGAAUUUGCCAAGAAUGUCACCUUCCUCAGUCUCCUCGGGAAACUGUUGCUUUUACAUCACGAGCACCCGGUGCGGACGUUAAAAACACGAAACUAUGACCGGGAAGAGGACGCAGACUUUGCCGACUCGUGUAGCAGUCUACAGGGAGAGAGCGAGUGGUGGUGGACCUUCCUACAUCACAUUAGAGAAAAUGUCCUGGUAAUGUCAGCCAACAUUGCAGGCCACCUGGAUCUCAGCCAGCAUCCCGAGGAAAUUUCGCGGCCGGUGCUGGACGGUCUCUUGCACUGGGCAGUGUGUCCAGCUGCUCAUGGCCAGGAUCCCUUCCCGACCGUCAGUCUCAACUCAUCCCUCUCGCCGCAGAGGCUCGCCCUUGAAGCGCUUUGUAAACUUUGUGUGACGGAGAGCAACGUUGACCUUGUUGUGGCGACGCCACCCUACUCCCGACUCCAGAGACUCUGUUUAGUGUUGACGCGACUCCUGUGCCGGAGUGAAGAACAAGUUCUCCGCGAGUUUGGCGUGAACCUUCUGCACUUUUUAUCAGCGGCCGACAGCGGUGUUGCGCGUACAAUCGCUCUGCAGACACCUUGCGUGGCGCUCCUGGUCGCCUUCAUCGAGCAGGCGGAGAGCAGCGCACUCCAAGUGGCCAAUCAGCAUGGAUUGCCGGCACUUCGUGAUAACCCCGAGUCCAUGGGAACGAGUCUGGAUAUGUUGCGGCGGGCGGCGGGUACCCUGCUCAAUUUGGCAAGGCAUCCCGACAACCGGACAUUGAUAUUGCAGCAUGAGUCGCGCCUGCUGGCACUUGUGAUGAGUCAAAUCCUCGACCAGCAGGUGGCGGCGAUAGUGGCGCGGGUGCUGUUCCAGUGCUCGAGGAGCGUGUCGUAACUCGAGCGUGGUGUUGUUUGUUGUUUGUAGGAAACGACCACUCGGUACCGAGGAACAUGAAACGGUGGCACGGUUGUAGUUUUAUAUUAAACAAGUAUAAGAAAAAAAUGCUAAUUAUUGGUGUUAGCGCAGUGUGGUUAGCGCCAUUGGUAUACCUUUCAAUCGUGAAUUGGAAUAAUAUCGGUAGUGUAAGAUAUUCAAUAGUCGAGAAAUAUGCGAGAGGGAGAUGGGAGAGAGGGAGAUAGUUAAAAAAAAAAGGUUGAAUGUAAGAUGGGGAAGAAACGAAAGAGAGAAAGCGAGAGAGAGAGAGAGAGAAAGAGAGCAAAAGUGUGUGUGUAUGUGUGUGAGGACGACGACGACGACGACGACUUUGUGGAAGACAGCAGCUGCAUAAUAAUAUAUAAAAGAAGCCACCAAUAAAAAAUCAACUCGACGCGUGGUGCGACGUCUUGUUUGUAUCGUGGGUGACGAUUAUAUAUAUAAAUAUGAUAAUAUAAUGCAAAUUUUUAUAUUUGCAUGUUUUUGUGCUGUAAUUAGCGAGUAAUUAAGGUAUUUUGUAGAUAACACACACUUCCAUUGAAUCUUAUUCGGUUUGUGCCGCCGAAAUGUGGCACCGCGAUUGUGCGUGGAUUAAACGAGAUCCACGCAAGUCUCGACUUUAGAAAGCACAGACAGAAAACUAGGAAGCGAAUCAAUCGAGAAUACGAGCAAAUGUUUCCAGGAGAAAAUGAGAAUUAGCAAAACGAGUGAAAGAGAGAGAGUGAGAGGAGAGCGUGAAGAAGAAAACAAGGAAAGCAAGAGAUUUUUAUGAAAGAAGAAAGUGUGAACGAA